AUGACGCUGGUCAGACUGGGCUGCGCGGGGCGUGGAGCGGUGGGCCGAUGGCCAGGGUCACAGGGCACUCUACUGUUUGGCCAACAGGACCCUCGGGGGCCAUCAAUCGCUCAGGUCGCCAUGUCCAUUAAGCGUCAGACUUGGCCUGCAGCUCUUGGUCAGACGUUGCCUCCCUCCCAGAGUCCUCGAUUAAGAAUCAAAGCAAGAGAAGGAAGCCCUCAGUCCACUAGUCCUUGGGGCAGUCAUCUGCUGAAUGGUGUUUGGGUUUCAGACAGCCAGCAGCCAUUUGUGGAGCAGCCGGGUUUGAGCCCAGAUGUGUUGUACCUGAUGGAGAAGCAGCCGCUGGUCGUCCCCUGUCGGGUCACACACCCCAAUGUCACCACCACACUGGUCAAGUUUCCCAACCAGAGUCUGAGACCUGACCAGAGGAACAUCAUCUGGAACAGCAAGCAGGGCUUCACCAUCCGAAGUCCCACCCUCUACUACACCGGCCUCUUCUUCUGCCAGACCGUCAUCGAUGGCGUCACAUACAAGUCACAUAAAUUCUUUGUGCACAGACCAGUGAGUAACAUCAUGGAAGUGUAUCUGAACAGCAGCGGACCUGUGCAGGCUCUGAGGGGAAGGAGCCUGGUGUUAAACUGCACAGCCACAGGGGAGUUGAACACCAGAGUCAACAUCACCUGGGACUUUCCCGGAAAGAGUAACAACGCCGGCUCCUUUACCAAGAGGCUCCUGAAACACAGAACACACAUGUUGUUCUACAGUAUCUUGACCAUUCCCAAACUCCAGCGGUCAGACCGAGGCCUCUACACAUGUCGAGUCACGAGCGGGGAAAAGACCAAACAACAAAAGGUCACUGUUACUGUCUAUGAUCGUCCGUUCAUCCGUCUGAAGCCCAGACAUGGAUCUGUGAUGGAGGCUCAAGCUGGACAGAAAUCUUACAGGAUCUCUCCCAAACUAAAAGCGUUUCCUGCCCCUGAAGUCAUCUGGCUGAAGGAUGACACGGUGGCGGCAGAGCAAUGCUCCCGAUACCACAUGGACGGGAAUUCCCUGGUGAUCCGGGACGUUGCAGAGGAGGAUGCUGGGAAGUAUACCAUCCUGGUACGAAUCCAGGAGCACGGCCUCUACCAGAAUCUCACGCUCACACUUGUUGUCAACGUGAGUCCUCAGAUAGGGGAGAAAGCGGUGUCGUUGCAGGACCCGGGGUCUGUGCCACGGGGGAGCAGACAAGCGCUGCACUGCACGUCCCACGGAGUCCCUCCUCCACACGUCCAGUGGCUCUGGCAUCCCUGUCCGUCCAAAGGCCUGUGCGUGUGUCCGCCGUCCUCCUCGCUAUGGCGCCCUGUGACAGAGGAUCUCCCCACCAUGUCCACACACAACCGCAUCCUGAGUGUUACUCACAGACAGGAAGUGCUUCGGGGGAAGAAAAGGACAGUGGGAGUCCUGACUGUGGCAGAGGCCUUUGUGUCUGGAGUGUAUCGCUGCGUUGCCUCCAACUCUGCAGGCACAGACCAGAUGGACGUCCACUUCUACAUCACAGAUGUCCCAGGAGGCUUCAGUGUAAACCAGCGGGAGGAACCAAGGGAGGGCGGCGACCUCCAUCUUACCUGCGCAGCCAAUAAGUACCUGUACACAGCGUUGUCAUGGCAACAAGUGAAUGACACAAAGGACGUCCAAUCCCGCAGCCCUGCCCCGAGAAUUCAGCAGCUCACAUCAGGGGACUUCUCCAACGCCCUGAUCCUGUUGCUAAGCAACCUAACAGCUGGAGACUCUGGAGCCUACAGGUGCUCGGCCCGCCACCUCCUCACCGGACAGGAAACACAUCUGGACACACAGGUGGCGGUCAUGAUUCUGGAGCCUCCGGAGCUGCGUAACAAUUUGACAGACUGUACGGUCAAUGUCAGCAGCUCAGUGACUCUCAGAUGUCCAUCUCACGGUGUCCCAGCCCCGACCGUCACAUGGUACAAAGACAAACACGCUCUGUCACAAGGAUCAGGUAUCAUGAUAUCACCAGAGGACGGGACCCUCCACAUUGACAGAAUCACGGUGGAGGACCAGGGGCUGUACACGUGCCAGGCCACCAAUGAGAGGGGGUCUGCAGAAAGCUCUGCCCACAUAUGGGUCAACAGUGCCUCAGAAAGCUCAGUUUUGGAGAUUCCCACUCUCACCUGUACGUGUGUGGUGGCCACUUUCCUCUGGCUUUUGCUCACACUCCUUAUACGGAAACUCAAACAGCCCAACGCCUCAAACACCAAGCCCGAGUACCUGUCAAUCAUCCUGGACACAGGAGAAGGACCCAUCCAGGAGCAGUGUGAGCGACUGCAGUACGACCCCAAACAAUGGGAGUUCCCUCGGGAGCGGCUCAAAUUAGGGAAACCUCUGGGCCGUGGAGCCUUUGGAAAGGUGAUGCAGGCCUCUGCGUUUGGUAUCGACAGUGCCACCAGCUGCAGGACUGUGGCUGUGAAGAUGCUCAAAGAGGGCGCUACAGCCAGUGAGCACAAAGCUCUGAUGACUGAACUGAAGAUCCUGAACCACAUUGGACAUCAUCUGAAUGUGGUCAACCUGCUGGGAGCCUGCACCAAACCAGGAGGACCGCUGAUGGUCAUUGUGGAAUACUGUCGCUAUGGAAACCUCUCCACCUUCCUGAAGAGCAAGCGAGAUGUGUUUGUGCAGGACCAGUUCUCCGGGGAACAAGAUGGAGGGCUGAGGGGUGAUUGUGCCGGACAGAGCAGCGUCAGGGCAGAGUUUGAUCACAGGGAAAACAAAGAAAAUAACCCCGAUCCCAAAUCUGCAUCCAACGCGUCAUUAUUCCUGGAGGAUCUCAUCUCCUUCAGCUUCCAGGUGGCACGGGGGAUGGAGUAUCUGGCCUCUCGCAAGUGUAUUCACAGAGACCUGGCAGCCAGGAACAUUCUGCUCUCUGACAAUAAAGUGGUGAAGAUCUGUGACUUCGGUCUGGCCAGAGACAUCUACAAAGACCCCGACUACGUCCGCAAGGGAGACGCCCGCCUCCCCCUGAAGUGGAUGUCUCCUGAGUCCAUCUUCGACAAGGUGUUCACCACCCAGAGUGACGUGUGGGCCUUCGGCAUACUGCUGUGGGAGAUCUUCUCUUUGGGAGCUUCCCCGUACCCCGGUCUUUACAUAGAUGAGGAGUUCUGCCACAGGCUGAAGGAUGGGACAAGGAUGCGAGCGCCAGAGUACAGCACACCAGAGAUUUACGGCACAAUGCUGGCAUGUUGGGAGGCCUGUCCUUCAGACCGACCCACCUUCACUGACCUGUCGGAGACGCUGGGAGACCUGUUACAAGCAAGAGUUCAGCAGGAUGGUAAAGAUUAUAUUCCUCUGGGAUCGUUCAUGGCUGGAGACACAAGUCGCAGUGAGACGUGGAUGGAGAAGCCUCUAGCAGUCACAAACCUGAGUUACAUGAGGGGUAUGGCCACACUUCAGACUUUUGAGGAACUUCCGUGUGAGGAGCCAGAAACCCCUGAUGACGAGCAGAGUGACAGUGGUAUGGUGCUUCCAUCUGAGGAGCUGAAGCAGAUGAUGUGGAAUAACGACUCCAACUCCAGGAAAUUCAGCAGGUUCUUCACCUUCAAGUGUCGGGACAACCAGGUUCCCCUACUGUGCAGUGACAUCACUGGUCUCCGUGACAACGAGCCGUCCAUCCUGCCCUGCGAUUGGGAGUCUGAUGAAGGAGGCUCCCCUCCUCCGGACUACAACUCUGCCUUCCUCUACCCCUCCCUCUAGCAUCUGCUUUAAUUGUAACUUCACACAGGGUCAAUACAUUCAUCCUUUUCACUCACUCACAUCUAAUUCUGCCUGUUCACACUUGCUGCUUUCAUCCACUACCUCAGUGUAACACCUAUAAUUAAUCCCGUCUUCUAAUUUCUUUUAGGUCACAAAUAAAAAUGUACAUUGGCUUUUUCUCAGAAUCUACAACUGCAUGAUGAUGAACCAGGGACCAGAGCAGCUGCCUGACAUCACUUAUCCUGUCGCAGUUAUAAAGAAUGUAUUUACUGAGCGUAUUAAUAUACUGGUACCUCAUGCUGAGCUUUGUGGAGAGGAACACUGCUGUAUGAAAUAACCGUUCCUCUGACACAGCCACUAUAUGCUGGACAAAUAUUAUCACUCACUGAAUUAUAGUAUGUGUAUCUUAUCUGUAUAUUUAUUUUAUUGCUGUAGUCAUGUUAUGAAUGAAGUCACUUGUUAACAUUUGUUUUUUGAAAUGUCACGUCUGUGUCGGAACACACACUCAGGUGCCAGAUCAAUGAUUGCAUCUAAAACUAAUGAUAACUACUUAUAUUAAUGUUCAGUUUCGUUGAAAUUGUUUUAAUAGUUAAAAUAUCUCUCAGUAUUAUGUAAUAUACUGUUAAAGCAAAUAAAUCUAUAUCCUCCAAAAUGACUAACACCAUGAUGUUUUAUCUUUAAAGCAGUUUCAACAAAACAAAAAUGGUAAUCCUCAUGAAUAUGUGAUUUACUGCAGGGCUGUUGUAUCAAACUGUUGGUUUUAGCUGCUUAAACCUAAUGUGCUGGCAACUGAGUGUAUAUUUAAUUCUACACGAACUAUAUUUUCUUAUCGAAGGUCUUUCAGAAUAUACAGAAAUAUAUAAAAUAUGCAUCUCCCCAUUUUGAAACCAAAUGACACUCAUAGAUAUCAGUGCCUUAAAUAUGAUGGAUUUUUUUUCAUCAACAUCUUUG